CUAUUUACUAUUAAAAUAAUUUCUAAUCAUUGAAAAUGACGACAAUGGACGUCAAGGAAAGUAGCGAAGAGGAUGAAGAAGAAACACAAGAUAUUUCACCGUUCAGUAAAUUCGACGAAAGCAUCGAAGUUCGUAAUGCAGAAGAAAUUAAAAGCCCUGUUAAUCAUCCAAGGCCACCGAGUUCAAGAAAAGGUCGAAGAAAUUUUACGAACGACGGACUUGACAUUUUAGAGGUUACCUCACCGCGGGAAAGGCGCGAAUUUCGAAGAUAUCCUGAUCAAGAGAGAUUCGGUAAAUCAUUAAUGAUCGGUAGCGAUCCAUCAGACAGCGAAGAGACAGAUGACGAUGAUAUCCAAGAAUCAAGUAUAUCCAAACAAAUGGAAAUAUAUAAUCCAAAAGAAUUCGAAGAUCUCAAUGUAUCAACCGAGUUAAAGGAACUCUUUCAGAAUAUUUCCAGGUAUACACCACAAAAGAUAGAAUUGAAUUACAAGUUGUUACCAUUUAUUCCUGACUAUAUACCAGCAGUCGGUGAUAUAGACGCCUUCAUAAAAAUACCUAGACCAGACGGAGUGGAGGAUAAAAUAGGUCUUGCUGUAUUGGAUGAACCUUGUACAGAACAAUCCGACCCAGCUGUAUUACAUUUACAAUUAAGAACUCAUUGCAGAAGUGCUGGUGCACCUAGGCAAGCAGUGAUAAAAAGAGUCGAGGAUGCAGAAAAAAAUGUUAAGGCUAUAGAGAAAUGGAUCGAAGAUAUGAAUCAACUUCACAGAAGUAAACAUCCGCCUGCUGUACAGUUGACUAAAGCAAUGCCUGAUAUCGACACGUUGAUGCAACAAUGGCCGCCGGAUGUUGAAGAUCAACUGAACGAGGCCCCACUUGAUUUCACCAUGCUCGAUUGCGAAUUAUCACGUCUUGUUGAUAUUGUCUGCCAUCUACUCGACAUUCCUUCACAUGAUGGCUACAGACUUGAAAGUCUUCAUACUCUUUUUACACUUUAUUGCGAAAUACGAAACGCAACAUCGCAAAAAAUAUAAAAGUUUUAUUUUAUUUCAUUUCACAUCACAAAAUUAAUUAUUAUUUUAUUAUUAUUAAUAAUUAUUGUAUAUAUCGUUUGUGAGUGCUAAAUGUAAAUUAUACUUAGCAUAGUAUACAAUCAUAUUAAG